CUCUACGUCAUUGCUUUCUUCACUCUCACAACAAGAAAAGAAAAGAAAAUCCAGAGAAAACAGAAGAUCGAUCAGCUAGCUACCUAGCUAGAGAGAUUCAAAGUAUUGAUCUUUGCAGAGCUCCCUCUCAACAAAUGGUGAAGACAGAGCAAAAGACUCACCCAGAGCCAUCAAAGCCAAUGCCAUCAACAUCAGCAUCAGCAUCAGCAUCAGGAUCAGGAAGCAAAAAGAAGUACAAGGGAGUGAGAAUGAGGAGCUGGGGUUCAUGGGUAUCUGAGAUAAGGGCACCAAAUCAAAAAACAAGAAUAUGGUUAGGCUCUUAUUCCACACCAGAGGCAGCAGCCAGAGCAUAUGAUGCCGCACUUCUAUGCCUAAAAGGCUCUUCAGCCAAUCUAAACUUCCCCAUCACUUCUUCCAGUACUGAUUAUCACAAUAUUCCUCAUGAUAUCGUUAUGUCACCCAAGUCCAUCCAAAGAGUGGCUGCGGCUGCUGCCAAUAGCUUUAUUGCCAAUGCCACUGCCCCCCCACCAUCCUCCCCUCCUCCUCCCUCUUCGUCCUCAUCAGUCGUCUCGUCUCCAUCCAUGUCCUCCUCACCGUCCGAUCACCUCGACGAUGAUGUCUCGCUAAUGCCAUCGUUUGAUCAAGUACUGAUGAAUGAGCCAAUGGCCAUGAUGGAAUCCUGGUACAACUUUGACGGCGGCCUACAAUCGCCAAAAUUCAUUGAUCAAAUGCUUAAUGGUGCCUUGUUUGCUCCACCUGUGGCUGAUGAUCUGUACGAAGAAGUCGAUAUUCGUCUGUGGAGCUUCUGCUGAAGAAAUUAAAGACCAAACCAAAGAAAGCCAACCCAUAUCAUUCUUUUGUCCAUUCACAUUCGUUGAUGAUCUUCUCUUAUUGCUUGAAGACAUUACUGACAGUAACCAUAAAUUUGUUUAUUAGUGUAUUUUGAUUUAGGAGAGAAGAAAAUUUCAUGAGGAGAUAAGACAUUUUUUGGACUCUCCCCUGUGGUUUUUUAUAUAUUUGAGAAUAUGUAUGAAUCAAGCAAGGUGUGUCAUAUCAAUAUUAUUUAUGGUUUAUAUUGUAAUGAAAUAAUAGGGAGAGAAAGUUUAAUUCCAUCAA